CGCACCGGAGAUAAUGGCCGUCCCUGUUUAUGUGCUAGAUUACCAUGGAGACCAAGACCCCGACCCUCGAGUGGUUAACUGACCCGAUGGCGCCCGCGGCCAGCGCCAAGGUCCUCGAGGUCAUCCAAGCGGCGUUGGGCCAGCGCUUGCCGCAGAUGGAAAUCCGGUUCCAAGACUUGGCGAUCAAGGCCGACUUUGUAGUCAACCCGACGCGGUCGCACCAGAUUCCGACGGUCUGGAACGCGUUCACAACUGCGAUUGCCGCCACCUUCACGCGCGAGAAGCACAUCGAGCACAAGGAAAUCCUCAAGCCCAUGACCGGCGCCUUUCGCCCGGGCACGAUGACGCUCGUGCUCGGACAGCCGAGCUCGGGCAAGUCGUCGCUCAUGAAGGUUCUCUCGGGGCGUUUUCCCGUCUCGUCCAACGUCAAGAUCCAAGGCAACAUUACGUACAAUGGCAAGAAGCGCGACGAGAUGCUCCACGUGCUGCCCCAAGCCAUCUCGUACAUGGGCCAGCGCGACGUCCAUUAUCCGACGCUGACGGUGGAAGAGACGCUUCAGUUUGCCAACGAGUGCUCGGGCGGCAAGUCGAUGCCGCUCACGAUCGCCAAAGCCUUCCACAAAGGGACGGCCCAAGACAACGAGUUGGCAACCAAGAUGAUUCAGCACUUUUACGACAACUACCCGCACAACAUCAUGCAGGCACUGGGGCUCUUGCACUGCGCCAAGACGUGUGUCGGCGAUGAAAUGCUGCGCGGCGUCUCGGGUGGCGAGCGCAAGCGCGUCACCACGGGCGAAAUGAAGUUUGGUAUGAAGCUCGUGGACCUUAUGGAUGAGAUCAGCACUGGCCUCGACUCGGCGGCGACACUCGAUAUUGUCAAGGCCAGUCAGCGCCUCGCCCACACCUUUCGCAAGACGGUCGUCAUCUCGCUUCUGCAGCCAUCGCCCGAAGUGUUUGAGCAGUUUGACGACGUCCUUGUCCUCAACGACGGCCACGUCAUGUACCACGGACCGCGGACGCAAGUGCUCGAGUACUUUGAGUCGCUUGGCUUUGUGUGCCCCGCCCGGCGCGAUGUCGCCGACUACCUUCUCGACCUUGGGACCGACCAGCAAUCGCUUUACGUGACUGCAGGCGCAGCCAAGGUGCCUCGGUCGGCAGCCGACUUUGCAGCGCGGUUCAAAGCCUCGGAGAUUUACGCCAGCAUGGUGCAGCGGAUUGCAGGGCCGAUUGACGGCAACCACUUUGAACUCGACUUUCCGCAGUACCGACAGACGUUUUGGGCGAGCACGCAGACCGUCAUGAAGCGUCAAUGGAAGCUCAUGCUGCGCAACACGGCGUACAUCCAAGGCCGUCUUGCCAUGGUGGUCAUCAUGGGCCUCCUCUAUGGCCUUACGUUCUAUCAGAUGGACACGACGCUGGCGCAGGUCGUCAUGGGCAUGAUCUUUUCGUCCAUCAUGUUUAUCGCCAUUGGCCAAGCGUCCCAAGUCAACACGUUCUUCGCCUCCCGCGCGAUUUUUUACAAGCAGCGCGGCGCGCACUUUUACCGCACAUCCUCAUACGUGCUCUCGACGUCGCUCGCCCAAAUCCCGUUUGCGAUUGGCGAAUCCAUUCUCUUUGGGUCGCUCGUCUAUUGGAUGACGGGCUUUGUCGCGGAUCUCACGGCGUUUCUUGUCUUUCUGAGCGCGCUCUUCGUCGCCAACCUCACGUUUGCCGCGUGGUUCUUCUUCAUUUCGUCGGCCGCCCCGAAUCUGCUCAUCGCGCAACCCAUCACGUUUCUCUCGAUCUUGUUUUACAUCAUCUUUGCGGGCUUUCUCAUCUCGCAGCAGUCGCUGCCCGACUAUUGCGUGUGGAUCUACUGGAUCAAUCCGCUCGCGUGGUGCUUCCGCCUCCUCGCGGUCAACCAGUACAUUGCAUCCGAGUACCAAAAAUGCGUCUAUGGCGGCGUCGACUAUUGCAAAAUGACUGGCAUGAACAUGGGCACGUACCAGCUGCACAUGUACGGCUUUGAAGCAGACGCGACGUGGAUUGCCUCUGGUUUCAUCUACCUCAUCGCGACCUACGUGCUCUUCCUCGGCCUCUCGUACUUCUUCCUCGAGUACAAGCGCUACGAGAGCCCCGAAGGAACCAACGUCAUUGUUGAAGAGCAGGAGGCCAUGAACGCGAAUGCGUGCACAAGCGUAAGGGUGAUGCCGGCGGCAAACACAGUGAUCGACGUGCCAAGCCUCGGCGCGGCCCACCGUGCGGCGCCGCUGACGCUUGCCUUUCACGACGUCUGGUACUCGGUGCCCGACCAGCACGGUGGCGAGAAGCAUCUGCUUCAAGGCAUCUCGGGCUACGCGCGCCCAGGCACCAUCACUGCGCUCAUGGGCUCGUCCGGCGCUGGCAAGACUACCCUCAUGGACGUCCUCGCUGGCCGCAAGACGGGCGGUACGAUUCAGGGACGCAUCACGCUCAACGGAUACCCCGCGACAAAGCUCGCCAUCAGCCGAGCGACCGGCUACUGCGAACAGACCGACCAGCAUUGCGAGUCGGCCACGUUCCGGGAAGCGCUCGAGUUCAGUGCUUUUCUGCGCCAGUCGAAUGAAAUCUCGGAUGCCGACAAGAUGGCGUCGGUGCACGAGUGCCUCACCUUGCUGGACAUGCACGGCUUGGCCAACAGCAUCAUCCGCGGGUCGUCCGUCGAGCAGAUGAAGCGCUUGACGAUCGGUGUCGAGCUCGCUUCGAACGCGAGUAUCCUCUUUCUGGACGAGCCGACGUCGGGGCUGGAUGCGCGGGCGGCCUUGCGUAUCAUGAAAGGGCUCACCGAAGUGGCCAAGUCGGGUCGCACAGUCGUGUGCACGAUCCAUCAGCCGUCGUCCGAGGUGUUCGAGAUGUUUGACCAGCUCCUUUUGCUCAAGCGUGGCGGGCACACCGUCUACUUUGGUCCGCUCGGCACGGGCAGCGCCCAUCUGAUCGAGUACCUCGAGGCGAUUCCCGACACGCCUUCUAUCAAGCCCGGGCACAAUCCCGCAACGUGGAUGCUCGAGGUCAUUGGCGCCGGCACGGCCGCCGGUGCGACCGAAAAAGACUUUGCCGCGCUCUAUAGCGCAAGUGUGGCCAAGGCCGAUAUGCUGACCGUGCUCCAAGAAGAAAGCAAUAUGAAGCGCGCCGAGAUGAUAUUUACACGCAAGUGUGCGGCGGACCCGGGUGUACAAUGCCGCAUGGUGCUCCAGCGGUUUGUCCGCAUGUACUGGCGCACGCCGUCGUACAACCUCACGCGCAUCCUCAUCAACGUCGCGCUCUCGAUCCUCUUUGGCAUCAUCUACUGCCGAACCAACUACGCGAGCUUUAGCGGGCUCAAUGCGGGCGUCGGCAUCGUCUUCCUCGCGUCGCUCUUCAUUGGCAUGAUGGGCUUCAACAACGUCCUGCCAUUGUACGUACAAGAGCGUGCGAGCUUUUACCGCGAGCGGGCCUGCGAGACGUACAGCGCGGUCUGGUACUUUGUCGGCUCGACCUUGAUUGAGAUCCCGUACGUUUUCGUGUCGGUCGUCGUCUUCAACCUCAUUUUCUAUCCGUUUGUGGGCUUUGUCGGGUGGAGCCAAGGCGUGCUCUUCACGAUCUACCUCUUCCUCUUCGUGCUCAUGCAAGUCUACUUUGGUCAAUUGCUCGCGUGCGCACUGCCGUCGAUCGAGGUUGCGAGCACGAUUGGUGGCUUGAUCAGCUCGAUCUUCUUCCUCUUCAUGGGCUUCAACCCACCGACAUCGCAGAUCCCGGCCGGUCUGCAGUGGCUCAACACGAUCGUGCCACCCAAGUACGCCCUCUCGCUCCUCGUCUCGGCGGCCUUUGCAACGUGCGAGCACCCGGACGACUUGGGCUGCGCCGUCAUGUCGGAUGUGCCGCUGUCGCUGAUUGUGUACAAGUUCAACAAUGCACCCAGCGUGACGGUCAAGCAGUACAUUGAAACCAUGUUUCAAAUGAACUCGAGCGAUGCGGGCGCCAACGUGGCAGUGCUCUGCGGCUGCAUCGCGGCCUUUCGCCUCCUAGGCUUUCUUGCGCUGAGCUUUAUCAACCACCAAAACCGCUAA